GCCCGGGACGCACAUGUGCGCGCGGCGCCCGGCAGCUGCCACCGCGGGGCGCAGCCAAGACCCCGCGCCUCGCCCCGGCCGGCCCGCGAGGCCCGCGGCGGCCGCAGGAGGCGGCAUGAGCAGCGCGCGACAGAGCUGACGCCGCGCCCCCGCCGGCCCCAUGUCCUUCGCCACGCUGCGCCCGGCGCCGCCGGGCCGCUACCUGUACCCCGAGGUGAGCCCGCUGUCGGAGGACGAGGACCGCGGCAGCGACAGCUCCGGCUCCGACGAGAAACCCUGUCGCGUGCACGCGGCGCGCUGCGGCCUCCAGGGCGCCCGGCGGAGGGCGGGGGGCCGGCGGGCCGGGGGCGGGGGGCCAGGGGGCCGGCCAGGCCGUGAGCCCCGGCAGCGGCACACGGCGAACGCGCGCGAGCGAGACCGCACCAACAGCGUGAACACGGCCUUCACGGCGCUGCGCACGCUGAUCCCCACCGAGCCCGCCGACCGCAAGCUCUCCAAGAUUGAGACGCUGCGCCUGGCCUCCAGCUACAUCUCGCACCUGGGCAACGUGCUGCUGGCGGGCGAGGCCUGCGGCGACGGACAGCCCUGCCACUCCGGGCCCGCCUUCUUCCACGCGGCGCGCGCCGGCAGCCCCCCACCGCCGCCCCCGCCGCCUCCCGCCCGCGACGGCGAGAACACCCAGCCCAAACAGAUCUGCACCUUCUGCCUCAGCAACCAGAGAAAGUUGAGCAAGGACCGCGACAGAAAGACAGCGAUUCGCAGUUAGGAGGUGGCCGGCAGCAGCCAGGAGGCAGACGCUGCUGGGGGAGGUGGACGCCCGGGGUGACUGCAGACAGCCCCCACCUUGGACCUGAGCUGGGCAAGGCCCACCGCAAGCAUGCCCCCAGGCCAGCCCUGGCUGCGAGCGGGGCCGAGAGACAGACGGACGUACAGACAGGCGCCGGCAGCGGGACUCUGCGCUGGCCCCAGCACCUGCCCGGGCCCACUGGAACUUUCUGCGCUGGGUUUUCUUCCGGCCACUGUGUGAUGGCAUCUUGUGUUUUUGAUAUGAUAAUAUAAAGUCUGAAAAUUUUGUAUAAUUAAAAACAAAACAGUAUCUUCCAAA